AAAGCUCUUUGCUAGCACCCGUUGGCGAGACUCCCUUCACCGACCCAGAGCGGAACUUGGAGAGUCGGGAAGCGCGGGUCACGGUUGAACGUUGUCUUGCAGAGCAUGCACAGUUAAGUGAAGGCAUUAUCCAUCGUGCCACACACUAUUCGUCCAGCAGAGAGACUGGGUCAUCGACAGGCCGCGAUCGAACUUCUGGGACCAAGGUCACGACCAUUAACCCAGCCAUUUCCAUGCAAUCCUCAACGCAUCGCGGCGAUAACUCGUAUAUCUCGCUCGGCGAACGGCGGGGGAAAUCAGACCUGGCGAGGUUUUCUCUCGAUCUGAGUUGGGCCAGAGCGGUGUCCGACGCGGCUCCCUCAAAGGCGUACCCCUCGCCGCCCAUGUCAGGAUCUCCGCCGCUGCCGCCAAGUCGUAACCCCGAUGCCAGCGAUUGCGGCCAUGGGAGCUACGGAUCGACAGGGCAAGACCCAUUGCGAGGUGCUCAAGCAACGCAACCGGAGCACCCAGAACGGAGUAGGGGGCCGCCAGGGCAAGGGCAAGCAUUCCAGGAACCGCUUCCUCACGCGGCUAUGCUUCCUCCUUAUAGAGUGGAAGAAAUGCCCCAACAGCAGCUCCCUUAUCAGCAGCAGCAAGCACAGAUCCCAUUGCAGCAACAGCCUCGACAGCACACAUACGUCCUACAAGGUCCGCCACCAGGCCCAGCGCCGGACAGACCAGCAGUGGAUGCACGGCAGUAUUCUUCACCCAAGGUACAGAGAAAGACAAAGGGUCAUGUAGCGUCGGCUUGCGUGCCUUGUAAGAGGGCGCAUCUCAGGUGUGACGCACAACGGCCAUGUUCUCGCUGUCUGAGCAAUGGAAAAGAAGACACGUGUGUAGAUGUCCAACAUAAAAAAAGGGGCCGGCCCCGGCUACGGGAUGAGAGAGAGCCCCGGUACGAGGCUCUAGGUCCCAACUAUCCACCGCCACCAGACGUUUCCAUGAGACGUCCACUGUCGUUAUAUACCGAAGCCCCAUUUCCGGCAUUUGGAGAGUCCCAUCAGAGGUCUGGUCCGUACAGAGUUUUAAAAUCACAGAGUGCAAUGAGUGGACCGAUCACUCCGCGGUACCUGGAACAUGCAUCACCCGCCGAUGCCAAUAUCUAUGGUCCGUGGGCGCCACCGACGCUACGGAUGCUCGCACCACAAGAGCCGAUCUGCGCUUAUCUGAACAUGGAGAUGCAGAUUGCGAAGGCGAGUCAAGGUUUUGGUGAAACGAUCGGGAUCCAGCCCGUGGUGUCGAGGAAGUUACAUGAUAUCGUCGCUGCAAAUGAUCGUGAUAAGGUCUUCAGGCUGCAGAGACUCUUCGAAGAUGAACGACGGGAGAGAGAGCCCAACUACCUUCCGCCUAUAUAUCUCAAACUCGAGGAAGACCGUGUAAUCCAGGCUGUAGCUUUAGGACCUGAUGCAUUGGCUCAAUUCCGGACAGAGCGCCAGGAGAGGGUCACGUUCCAGGGACCAGAUGGACAACAGCGAGCCUUCCAGGUUCGAUUUGGCCUCGCAAAAAAGGAGUCCACGUACUUCAUUGUCCUCGUUCUUGACAUUCCCGCGACCCCGCAAUCAUAUCCCCACAACUUGUCAGCGCCAUAUCCACGGGAGCCUUAUUCUCGUGAUUCACAGUAUGGAUUCCAGCCCGCUCAGCAGCAGCCGUACCCAAACCCUAGCGUGCCUCCAUUCGUGGCAAAUACUCCGUUCGGUGAUCCUCGAGGGGAAAUGUCCACAUACAGAAUGACUGGACCGAUGGGUCCCAAUGUUCCUUCGUCGACAAAUAUGACAGUACCCUCUCCCCCUCAAAGGCGGCAAGAUUACUCCCAGGGCCAAAAUAAUCCCUAUCAAACACCGCGCAGUGAAUUGCCACCGUCACCAGAAUCCCAGCGACAACGUGAUCUUCAGCUACCGCCCAUUCGCGAGCAACGUGGCGAGGGCUACUCGGCAGACUCGAUGCAGCGCAGAGAUGACCGAAGCAAUAGAUUUGAUAUUGGUGGCCUCCUCGCAAGAUCUGAUCAUGCUGGCGGGGGCCACUGAUGCUGUUGUAAGCCAGGUUCAUUUCGAGCAUUGUUGUCGAUUAUCGCCAAAGGGGCCUCUGCUCGCCCUCACGACCAAUGUGUACAGCAGGUGCUACUACCCAGUGGAUGUCAUACCGCUAGAACCGAGGUCGUUUGUCCGUUCCCGGCCAGGCCUCAUUAAUACCAUCUGCUUCUUGC